UCGUUCGAGAUCAGGGCUCUCUCGAAGGACGCAGAAUUUUUCAGCGAUGCCGAGGGAUCCCCAACCACCAUCGAAGGAUCAGGACAGACAGUUUACUGGAUGGGAUGCUUUCUGCGGGUUUACAAAGCUACCGACACAAAGACGCCGACUGCCGAAUAUGACACUUGUGACGGAGAAGGAACCGUGCAGAGGGACACGAAACUUUGGUUUGGUGGGAAGGACGGGAAAGUGAAAGAAGGAAAUUAG